AUGGUGUGGUGUAACCAUUGUGGGAAGAACAAGGAAGCAGCUAAGAAAGCAGCAGGUUUAAACGCUUGCAAUAAUGCAAGCAACAUUUUCGAAGCUUCUAAAGCAGCUGCGGCGAAAUCUAGAAAAGAAAAACGACAACAACGCGCUGAGGAAGAAAAGAACGCUCCUCCUCCAGCUACAGCCAUAGAAGCUGUUGAUAGCAUGGUCAAGAGAAAGAAAUUUCGCAGAAUUAACUGCGAUUAUUUGGAGGAGCUUCUUGAUGCGUCAGCUGAGAAAUCACCCAAGAGAUCGAAAACCGAGACAGUGAUGGAGAAGAAGAAGAAGGAAGAGCAUGAGAUUGUUGAAAACGAACAAGAGGAAGAAGACUACGCGGCACCAUACGAACAAGAUGAAGAAGACUACGCGGCACCAUACGAGAUGAACACAGAUGAGAAAUUCUAUGAAAGCGAAGUGGAAGAGGAAGAGGAUGGUUACGAGUUUGGAUUGUAUUAAAUCAUACUACUUUUUAUUAUCUAAUUAUUAUUAUUUGGUUGACG